AGAGGGAAACCCCGCCCCUCCGGCCCGCGUGUGGCGCGGCUCGGCUCGGCGCGCCGCUGGCAGGGCUCACCCUCGCCAUUGUCUGUCUGUGCGGCGGUCCCUGCUGCGAGUGGCGGACUGCGCGGCGGCUAGCAGCGAUGCUGAAAGGCUCCGCGCCCCGUCACAGGCGGCAGCGGGAACGGGCUCCAUCUUCGGGGAGCAGCCACUCCGCCUGCUGAAGACUGAAAGUUUGUGUCCCCGCCGCUCCCUCUCCUCUCCCUUCCCUUCGCCGGUCCGGCUGGUCCUUCUCCAUGCGCUGAGCGGCCGCGGAGCGCCCGCUCGGCCCCAUGGACGCCUUCAGCGCCGCAAAGGCCAAAAUGGGGGCGAAGAGUGGCGGCGAGGCGGCGGCGGCGGGGUUGUCCGUGCCUCAGCCCGCCGCGCCGGCCUCCAGCCCCACCGGUCCUUGCUCGCUCGCUGCGCCCGAGCCGGCCGCCUACAAGCUGGAGGACCUGGAGACUCUGGCGACCGUGGGCACAGGUACAUUUGGCCGUGUUCAUCUGGUGAAGGAAAAAAUGGCCAAACGUUACUUUGCACUGAAAGUAAUGAGCAUCCCUGAUGUCAUUCGACUCAAGCAAGAACAGCAUGUGCACAAUGAAAAGUCAGUCUUGAAAGAAGUCAACCACCCCUUUUUGAUCAGAUUGUUUUGGACCAACCAUGAUGAGCGUUUUCUAUAUAUGUUAAUGGAAUAUGUGCCAGGAGGAGAACUUUUUAGUUACCUGCGCAAUAUGGGGCGUUUCAACAACAGCACAGGACUGUUCUACUCUGCAGAGAUUGUUUGUGCAAUAGAAUACCUGCACUCCAAAGAAAUAGUUUACAGAGACUUAAAACCUGAAAAUAUAUUACUAGACAAAGAAGGACAUAUCAAGCUUACUGAUUUUGGAUUUGCCAAAAAACUGGUGGAUAGGACAUGGACACUGUGUGGGACCCCUGAGUACCUUGCACCAGAAGUUAUACAAAGUAAAGGCCAUGGAAGAGCUGUGGAUUGGUGGGCCCUAGGAAUUCUUGUAUUUGAGAUGCUAUCAGGGUUUCCUCCAUUUUUUGAUGACAAUCCCUUCGGCAUAUAUCAGAAGAUUCUUGCUGGCAAAAUAGAUUUCCCGAGACAUUUGGAUUUAUAUGUAAAAGACCUCAUUAAAAAGCUGCUUGUGGUGGACAGGACAAGACGAUUAGGAAAUAUGAAGAAUGGAGCAGAUGAUGUGAAAAGACAUCGAUGGUUCAGGUCUAUAGAUUGGGAUGCUGUACCUCAGAGGAGGCUAAAGCCUCCCAUAGUACCAAAAGUAUCCAAUGAUGGGGAUACUUCCAAUUUUGAAGCUUAUCCUGAAGAUGACUGGAACAAGAUGCCUCCAGUACCCCCUAAAGAUCUAGAAAUUUUCAAGAACUUCUGAGUGCAACAUCUACACUGGACAGGAAAAUGGAAGAACAUCGAAGUGCUGAAAAGUCUGAAGAAAAAUGGAGUUGAUAUAUAAAUGAAGUCUUUGUGGACAAGAAUAAUACUGCAUUCAGAUAUGCAUAUUAGUAUAUAAUAAAUAUCUAAAGAGUUGGAGGCAGGCAAGAGUAAUUUUUUUAUAUUUGACAUUAGCCAAAUAAAUUGUAAUAAUGGUAGUCUACCCUGAGGUGGACUCACUAAAAUGGUAUAUUUUGGAAUUCUUUUUUUUUUAACUUAUCAUUUAGUUUCUUGCUCUUCCCAAAUCCUUUUGUGUAGUUAACUCAUAGACUUAAUUUUAUAAGUUUAUCCUAAACUUGUGUAAUUAAAAGCACAAAUUAGUAUAUCUGUAUAUAAUGAAUACAGUACAACUAAAGCACAGGAACUGUGCAAAGAUGUAAAUUUUUUGUAUUUUGCAGAGUCUAUGAUUUUUAUUUUUCAAUAAUGUUUUUCACAAAGGUCUCUAGGAAUAAAAUUCGUAAAAGGAGAAAUGAG